CACCACCUCGACGCGCCCCUUCAACGUUGAACGUUCCACGUUCCACGUCGAUCCCUCGCACAAUCCAAACCUCAACCGAACUAUACAGUGCAGACGACAAUGGCGGGAUUGUUGGGAUUCAUCAAGCGUAACCGCACUCUGGCAAACCCUCCAGCGGCGCGAAAGGCUGAAGACGCCCUCCGAUUUGGCCUCCUGGGUGCCUCCAGAAUUGGCCCAAACUCCGUCAUCCUGCCCGCAAAGAGCCAUCCUGGCGUCAUCAUCGCCGCCGUCGCUUCUCGUGAUCCAGCCAAGGCCGAGCAGUACGCUAAGGAGCACGCCAUCCCGAAAACCUACAGUGGAAAGGAUUGUUACCAAAAGCUUGUCGACGAUCCCGCCGUCGAGGCCAUAUACGUCGGGCUUCCAAACGGCCUUCAUUUUGAGUGGACUAUGCGGGCUCUCAAAGCCGGAAAACACGUUCUUGUCGAGAAGCCUUGUGCGGAUACCGCGGCCGAGGCCCGCACCUUGUUCGAUUACGCAGCCAGCAAAGGCCUUGUGUUGCUCGAGGGAUAUCACUACAGAUUCCAUCCUGCGGUUCAGCGGGUAAAGGAGAUCGUCGACAGCGGCGAGUUCGGCAAAAUCAAAAGUAUGCAUUCCGAGCUCGCCGUUCCGUAUCUCAGGGGCUCGAUCAUCCUCAAGGAUGACGUGCGUUAUGAUUAUGGUUUGGGAGGAGGCGCUACGAUGGAUAUGGGAGUAUAUACUCUCUCUGCCAUCAGAUACAUGGCCUCGUCCAAUCCGCUUGAGAUCACAUCCGCCACCGCGGCCGGGUACGAGAAGGACCCCACCAGAAUUGAUCGCGGCAUGGAGGCCACGUACUCAUUUCCAUCCUCUAUUACAGCUGACACUCUCGUCGACCUGCGACUUCCAUCGUGGGGACCGUUUGGCCUAUUUCCGCAAGGGCCCAAGAAUUCCUUGACUGUGAAACUCGAAGGGGGCGAGGUAUACUACUUUGGUCUGGUCCUGCCGCACAACUUUCACAGCAUCAAAGUUCGACCGAUCAAGGGGAAGGACCGGGUGGAGAAGUACUACAAGUUCAAGACAGGGUACGGCGAAGAAUGGUGGUCUUCAUAUCGCUACCAGCUGGAAGCGUUUGUCGACAGGGUGAAUGGCCGAGAGCCUCACGAUUGGAUUACGGCAGAUGAGUCGAUUACACAGAUGGAAUGGAUUGAGAAGAUAUAUGCCAAGGCUGGCAUGCCCUCGAGGCCGACGUCCUCAUAUGUCGUUUCUUAGAGAGUGUCAUUGAUUCCAGAGUGUGGGAUUUUUUGGCGGAUAAUGCGGUGAUUGUCGUACUGUCCUUCAGUGUAUAAACGGCGUGCUAUCAUUCU